GUGCGUGCAGUUACGUAGGGAGUGAAUUUUCGGCCUAAAUAAAAACAAACAAACACUACGUAAUUAUAAAUAUAUGGCUUCAGUGCGGAAAUUUGUAGAAAUUUCUAAAUCGGUUUUACAAAAGUGAGAAUCAAAAGACUCGAGGCCACAAUAACAAACCCCCAAAAUGUACGGUUUUGUCAACUACGCUUUGGAGUUGCUGGUGACUAAAACCUAUGGAGAAGAAAUAUGGGAAAAAAUCAAGAAAAAAGCAGAAGUGGCUAUGGAGGGAUCUUUCCUCGUACGGCAGAUAUAUGAGGACGAGAUUACCUAUAAUCUGAUUACAGCUGCUGUUGAAAUUUUGGAAAAACCGGCAGACGCUAUAUUGGAAUUGUUUGGAAUGACUUUCUUUGAAUUUUGUCAAGACUCUGGAUAUGAUAAAAUUCUUCAAGUUCUUGGUGCCACACCACGUGAUUUCUUACAGAACUUAGAUGGUCUUCAUGACCAUUUGGGCACUUUGUAUCCUGGUAUGCGUGCACCAUCAUUCCGUUGUACUGAGAGACCAGAAGAUGGAGCCCUGGUGCUACAUUAUUAUUCGGACAGACCUGGCUUGGAGCACAUUGUUAUCGGGAUUGUAAAGACUGUGACCAGCAAGCUCCACAAAACUGAAGUAAAGGUAGAUAUUUUGAAGACUAAGGAGGAGUGCGAUCAUGUCCAGUUUCUUAUCACCGAGACAUCUAAUCCAGGACGCGUUUCUGUACCCGAGAUUGCAGAGAUUGAAACCUUGUCACUUGAACCGAAGGUCAGCCCCUCAACAUUCUGUCGUGUGUUCCCGUUCCAUUUGAUGUUCGAUCGUGAGCUGAACAUAGUUCAAGCAGGACGCACAGUUUCCCGUCUGCUACCUAGGGUAACGCGUCCGGGAUGCAAGAUCUCUGACGUUUUAGAGACGGUCCGCCCACAUUUGGAGAUGACAUUUGCUAAUGUUCUGGCGCAUAUAAAUACUGUUUAUGUAUUGAAGACCAAGGCAGAAGAAAUGGCUGUCACAGAUCCACAUGAAGAAAUUGCUUCUUUACGGUUAAAGGGUCAAAUGUUAUACAUUCCAGACACUGACGUGGUUGUCUUUCAGUGUUAUCCCAGUGUUACUAACCUUGAUGACUUAACACGCCGUGGACUGUGCAUCUCAGAUAUUCCACUUCACGAUGCUACAAGAGACCUCGUGCUAAUGUCCGAACAGUUCGAGGCUGAUUACAAGUUGACCCAAAAUCUGGAAGUACUUACUGAUAAGCUCCAGCAAACCUUCCGAGAGUUGGAAACUGAGAAACAAAAAACUGAUAGACUUCUAUACUCAGUGCUGCCAAUCAGUGUAGCCACUGAGUUACGUCAUCGUCGCCCUGUACCAGCUCGCCGAUACGACCCCGUCACUCUCCUCUUCAGUGGCAUCGUGGGCUUCGCUAACUACUGCGCUAGGAACAUUGACCACAAAGGCGCUAUGAAGAUUGUGAAGAUGCUCAACGAUCUAUAUACAGCCUUCGAUGUACUUACUGACCCGAAGAGGAACCCUGAUGUUUACAAGGUUGAAACAGUUGGUGAUAAAUAUAUGGCAGUAUCCGGCCUACCGGAAUAUAAAGUGGCACACGCGAAGCAUAUUUCGUUACUUGCUCUUGAAAUGAUGGAUCUUUCUCGAACCGUUACUGUGGAUGGUGAACCGGUGGGUAUAACGAUCGGUAUUCACUCUGGGGAAGUAGUGACUGGAGUUAUUGGACAUCGUAUGCCACGUUACUGUCUUUUUGGUAACACAGUGAACCUGACCAGUCGGUGUGAGACAACUGGUGUUCCUGGAACUAUAAACGUCAGCGAGGAUACAUACAGUUACCUGAUGCGAGAUGACAAUUACGACGAGCAGUUUGAACUUACCUACCGCGGUCAUGUCUCCAUGAAAGGCAAGGCCGAACCGAUGCAGACCUGGUUCUUAACUCGGAAGAAUGCCUAAAGUAGGAUGAUGCACUGUACUUCAAAAAUAUGUACCUAUGUAUUAGAAUGUAUCACAAAGUCUGUAAUCAUACCAAAUAAUAUACUUAGUUGAUUAUCAUAGAUUAAAAUAUUUAAUCCAGAUAAAUACUUGAUCGAAUUAGUAAGCUUUAUGUACCUGCAAAGUUAUUAUGAAUCUUAUGUCUACAUUUCUAAAACCGCUUGAAGUAACUUUAAUAUCUUCGAGCAAGUUGUACUUGCGGUAAGAGAUGGCAUAUUAUGAAACUUAAGGUGUCUCUGCAUUAGAGGUGAUUUUUCAAUAGCCAGAUAAUCUUUAACCUGGUACUACCAAUGCUUAUAAACUAGGCCUACUUGCAAAAAAAUCAUUCAACCGAAGUUAGAUGAUCUCUUAGAUGAAUUGAUAUAUAGUUUAUUUAUUCCAGUCAAGGACCUAUGAAAGUUUUGAAUAUUCAAAUAGAUGUUUAUUAGAAUUUAGUGUAUAAUGUGAUUUAAAUAGCAGUCAUAGAAAAAAGGCUUAUGUUAGAAACUUAUAGGCCUAUAUAAUUAAAAGCCUAAAUAAUAUUAUUGAUAUUGGCUUCUUACCUGUAGUAGAUUUUGUUUAAACAAUCUUUUCGUAUCUUGUAGAAACUCACUAAGAAUUUUCAUCAAGCUUUUGCUUGAUAUAGAAAAUUGAUUCUAUUUUCAUUGGUUUAUAUUUAU